AUGAACGACUCGGCCGCUCUGAUCUCUGAUCUGCACUUGUGGCUAAACCAGAGGUUCCAGGUCAACGCGACCGCUGCCAACGCCACCUUCGCCAUGAGGCCUCCUGCAAAUAAAACCAUGAGCGUCGUCUUAAUUGUCAUCUUAUUCAUCGCCAUGGUCGCCGUGGGGUGCGCCAUGGACGUGACCAAGAUCAAGUCCUUCCUGGUGAAGCCUAAAGGGGUCGCUGUUGCAGUGCUUUGUCAGUUUGGUGUCAUGCCUCUGACGGCCUUUUGCUUAGCCAAGGCGCUCCAGCUGCGCGACUCGCUGGCCGUGGUGGUUCUGAUCUGUGGCUGCUGUCCCGGGGGCGCUCUCUCCAACGUCCUGACUCUGUCUGCAGGGGGCGACAUCAACCUCAGCCUUGUGAUGACGUCCGCCUCCACGGUGCUGUCUCUGGGCUUCAUGCCGCUGCUGCUCUUCAUCUACUGUCAGGCUUUCCCCAGCCUGCAGGGAGCCGUGCCCUACGGCAGAAUCGCCCUGAACCUGAUCAUGAUCCUCGUGCCCAGCGGCAUCGGCAUCUUCAUCAACCAGUGCAGGCCGCAGUACUCCAGGACCAUCGAGCGGGUUGGCUUCAGUACAGUGGCGUUGAGUCUCGUGGUCGUCUGCGCCAUCGCCAUGUAUCAGCUCGGAGCCUACGGCUUCAUUCUUCUGUUUCCUCCUCUGGUGGCCAGCGCUGCUCUGAUGCCGGUCAUCGGCUUCGUUCUGGGAUACAUCCUCUCCUCCUGCUGCAGUCUCACGCAUGCGGAGCGGAGGACUGUUGCCCUGGAAACGGGCUGCCAGCAGUGUCAACUGGCCAUGACCAUCAUGAAGACGGCCUUCCCUCCCGCCAUGAUCGGCCCUCUGUUCCUGUUCCCCAUGCUCGUGUGGUUCUUCCAGCUCACGGAGGCGUGUGUGAUGAUCACGGCGUUCAGGUGUCACCAGAUGUUCACACGCAAGAGGAAAGAAAAGUACAACCCAGCUCACACUGAGGACGACGCCGUGACAGAACGACCUCAGUCGUCUCCUAAGUUGUGACAACGGAUUAAUAAUAAUAAUAAUAAUAAUAAUAAUAAUAAAAAAAACCCUGGUACCUCAAACAUGGCAGCCAUUUUGUGUCACGUGGAUCAAAGUUUUGGAUGUUGCAUUAGUUUUGCUUUUUUUUAAAUUUCAUUUUGACUUUUUGUUUUUAAAAUGAGAUUUAAUUAGAUUUUGCAGAGGGUUUGCUAGUUUUUAUUUAUUGUAAAUGCUUAGUUUUAGUUUGUAUUAGUUUUUUGUAAUCUGGAGUAUUUGCCAGGUGCAAGAUUCAAAAAGGUCAGAAUAAGUAUUGUCAUAAAAACCCAACAAUCAAUACUAUUUUAACCCUUGGUAAAUUGCCAGUUGAAUGUUAUCUCAAUUUUAGUCUGCUAUUAUAACUGUUAACCUUAAUGUGGAUUCAGAUAAUUCAGGAUGUAUUUACAGUCAAUACAGCAGCUAUGUUUGACUUAACGUCGCCUCACUAAAACAAAUGAAGGCAAAAUUG